ACAAUUUCUGUCCCUGAUUUGCUCUGCAAACACUACUGUGGAGAUAGCAUUUACAAAUUAUAGCAUUUAAACAAAUUAUGAAAGAUGAAAUACUCAUAAACAAUAUUUAAAUCGGUUUUUCUAUAUGAUAAUUUGUAAUAAACGAAGUAUUGUUUCAUUGUACAUUAUAAGUUUAUAUUAUAACCCUUAAACUACGAAGUGCGGAGUUAAAUUAACUGGAAAUUUACAUAAAUGAAUAAAGUUAUACAACGAUUUUAUAAUCAAUGUAUGGAGUAUGAAAUUAUUUAAUGUAUUAUCUGUAGUGAAUACUCUUCAAUUACAUUGGAUAUUUGAUGAAAUCAUUAAUAAAUUCAAGGUCUUGGAAUUACCCUAUCUCCUGUUUGUUAGCCACGUCAACCAUUAUCAGUAUAUAUAAUGAGAAAAUACAUAUAACUAUUCCAGUAGAUUGAAUCAGUCGGGUAGAGUAGCAUCAUUUAUGUGAUAUCUGGUAUAUCUCAACACUUUGUUACAUUAUAAAUAUAAUGUUUGAUAAUGGACCAAAUGUGUAAAGAACCUCAUCUUAACAUAACAAUAAAUGAAAAUGAAAUUGUUGAUGGUGCUAAAGAAGUAAUUAAAAGAAUAAGACCCACAUGGCCAAUGAAUAAGUUGCAUUUUAAGAUAUUUACAGAUGGAAUCACAAAUAAACUUAUAGGAGUGUGGCAUUCUGGUUAUUAUAAUGAUAUGGUUUUAGUUAGAAUAUAUGGGCAUAAAACAGAUUUGCUAAUUAAUCGUAAAGAUGAAACAAGAAAUAUUCGAAUAUUGAAUAAAGCAGGUUUUACACAUUCUCUUUAUGCAACAUUUAAUAAUGGCUUAGCUUAUCAGUUUAUUGAAGGUAAUACGCUUACAACAGAGACAAUCAGAAAACCUAAUAUAUAUACAUUAAUUGCUAAAAGAAUGGCUCAAAUGCAUAAACUUAAUCCUGAAAAUGAUGAAAUAUGUAAACAAGCUUGUAUUUGGAAUAAAAUGGAAAAAUUUAUGGAAAUAAUGCCAAAAGCAUUUUCUGAUGAUGACAAACAAGCUAGGUUUCAGAAACUUAUCAAACCAUUUGGUGUAUUGAAACAGAAUUAUCAACUUUUGAAAGAGGAACUUACAAAAUUAAAUAGUGAAGUGGUAUUUGCACAUAAUGAUUUACUUUUAGGAAAUGUUCUUUAUAAUCAGAAAGAAAAUUCUGUCACCUUUAUUGAUUUUGAAUAUACUGCAUACAAUUAUCAAGCUUAUGAUAUAGCAAAUCAUUUUGCUGAAUUUGCUGGUAUUGACAAUCCUGAUUUUUCUCUGUAUCCUGAAGAACAAUUGCAAAAGACGUGGCUAAACAUAUAUCUUCAGGAAUAUAAUAAUGUAAACUAUGUACCUGAAAAUGAACUUAAUUUAUUGUAUGUGCAAGUAAAUAAAUUUGUUCUUUUAUCACAUUUUUUUUGGGGUUGUUGGGGACUCAUACAAAGUGAACAUUCAACAAUUGACUUUGACUUCUUAGAGUAUGCUGCUAUACGAUUUAAUGAAUAUUUCAAGUGGAAAGAAGAAUUUCUUAACAUGAAACUGUAAAAUUUAGAAUUGUUAUAUUUUUAAUGUUUGUUACAUUUUAUGGCUUUAACAUUCCAACACUGUUGUUUUUUGUUUUUGUUGUUUUAUCAAAGUAACAUUUCCACAUAUGCAUUAUGCCACUGAUAUUUUGUUAUGUAAACAACCUUUAUUUAUAACAAUGUACAUAUACAAGAUUGUUAUAAAUAUCAAACAGUAUUACCAAAAAAAAGAAAAAAUAUAUAUGUAUACAUCACUAAAAUACUAUAUGGAAGAAAGAUGCUGUUUUUGUAAUAUAGCCUUUGAAGUUUAA